CUGAUGAUGUUUGGUAGGUGGGUAGGGGUCAGGAAAACGAAGAUCAAGUUCUAUAAUUAGGCUCCUAGCGAGAAUAACUAGAGAACGUGUUGACGGAUCGUCAUGAUUUUUGGUAUGCUUGUUAACUGGGGUAGGAUUGUGUGGCUCUUCUCAAAUACGGGGCCUCCGGCAUUACCAGAGGGAUGUCUGUAGCCGAAGCUAGCACCUUUCAUUACCUGAAAGAAGUCCUUUCAAGUGUAUAUAUACCUUUUCUCCUUUUAAGUAUACCUUUACCAAGGGAAUACCGCGGCAUGAACUAAGAGCCGCUUGGCUUUGGGCCAAACACUGCAAGUCAGAGGAUGCCAAUUUGUGUAAAUUCGGAAGAAUGACAAUAAUGUGUAAAUUCAAGGAAUACCCUAUACUUUGAUACUUUGAUUCCAGCUUCGGGAACAGUUUGAGUUUGACUGUGACACCGACUGCGACUGCGAGAUCAUCAUUCACCUGUAUGAGAAGGGUGGGGUGCAGUUCGCCGCGGAGCAGCUAGAUGGCGUCUUCGCAUUCAUUCUCCUGGACACGAAGAGGAAACAGGUUUGCUUUGCUCGGGACACGUUUGGUGUGCGUCCCCUGUUCAGUGUGACGGAGGGGGACAGCGUUUUAGCCGUGUGUUCGGAGGUCAAGGGUCUGGAGGGCAUGUUCAAGAAGACAAAGAACGGCGAUACCAAAGCCGUCACCAAGUGGUUUCCCCCGGGUUGCUAUGAGGUGUACGAUAUGAGUAAAGAAGGAAGAACGAAACUGCAGGAACAUGGGCGCUUCCAUACAAUCGGAGACAUGCCGAAGUACAACGUCCUGGUCAAGCCUUCUAUGACUAAAAACCAGGAUCAUCUUGAUGUGAUCCGACUGCUUCUGGAGGCAGCGGUCCAGAAGAGGCUGAUGUCGGAAAGGAGGAUCGGCUGUCUUCUGUCAGGUGGCCUGGAUUCCAGUCUCAUCGCGGCCUUAUUGACGAAGAACGCGCGGAAGGCCGGCAUCACCUACCCCAUCCAGACUUACAGCAUCGGGAUGGAGGGGAGUCCGGACAUCGCUGCCGCUAGGAAGGUUGCCAAGCACAUCGGUUCGGAGCAUCACGAGGUGGGCCUGACACCUGAGGAGGCCCUGGCCGCUGUUGACGAGAUCAUCUACUGUCUGGAGAGCUUUGACGUCGUCAAUAUCAGGAGCUCCGUGGGUAACUACCUGCUGGCUCGCUACAUCCAGAGGGAAACCGACUCUGUGGUCAUCUACUCAGGAGAGGGGUCUGACGAAGUGGCCCAGGGGUACAUCUACUUCAACAAGGCCCCGUCCGCCGAGGCAGCUGACGCGCAGGGACGGAAGUUGCUGAGCGAACUCUACAUGUUCGACGUGCUGCGUUCAGACAGGGCUACUGCCGCUCAUGGUCUGGAGGUCCGCGUCCCCUUCCUGGAUCACACCUUCACCAGCUACUACCUGUCCCUUCCACCGGAGCUGCGCAGGGCACGAAACGGCAUCGAGAAGUUCCUCCUGCGCGAGGCGUUCAGCGGGACUGGCCUGCUGCCCGACGAGAUCUUGUGGCGCCCGAAGGAAGGGUUCAGCGACGGAACGUCUACUUUGGACAACCCCUUGCAUCUGAUGCUCGGCAACUUUGCAGCUAGCAAGGUUACUGACGAAAUGAUGGCAAACGCAAAGAAGACGUACCCCAUCAACCCUCCAAAGUCCAAGGAGGGUUACUACUACCGCAUGGUGUUCGAGCGGCACUUCCCCGGCAAAGGCAACCUGAUGCCCACCAACUGGACACCACAGUGGACCGACAGCGACGACCCCUCCGCUAGGACCUUCUCUCACUACAAAAACAAAUAAGGUCAAUCACCUCGACCAGACGUCUGUCACCAUGGUUACGGGUACUGAAGUAGCCAAACACCCUGUCGUGUUUGAUUACAUUAUGCAACAUUGUUACAUUAGUGGCAGGUCAGAGCUGGAGGGGCUGGUUACCAUUGAAUGUUUUUCAGUAAGAGUAUUGAGUAGAUACGUAAUAAUUAUAACAUUAUAUAUUUGCUGGUAAAUAUUACAUUUCUAGUUAAUACUUGUAUUUUCUAAAAUGUUACUUCUGGUGGUGAAUAAUGUAAAAAUUAUAACUGUUACGAAAUUUACCUCAUUUUUUAAGCUAGAGUCCAUGGACCAAGCUAUAAGACCGUUAUUUAACAUCGCAUUAUAACUGCUACGAAAUGUACCUCAUUUUCUAAGACAGGGAGUGCAUGGGCCAAGACUAGUUCUCUUGUACCAGUGCGACCGUGGAUUUUUGAAAUAUGCAAUAACCAAAGUAUAUUUUAAUGUAUCAUCAUUGUGUCUGUAUGAGUAGGUUCUUGGUGUAAUAAUAUGACUAAGUGACGUCUUAAUAUGAAUCUCGCUGCUUGGGGCUAAAUGAAACGGCCGGUGCAAAAUAUCAAACCUCAAUUAUUUUAGGUGACAAUGAUUUGUAGAUAUGGCAACGGUUUAUAGGUAACACAUACAACAGAUAUAAUAUUUUUAAGAUAUUCUGCA